UUCGGUUGUUUUUUAUAGCAUCUGCCUGGGAGAGAGCAUCAUCUCCAUUCUAGGGGCAGAGCUGCUACCAGGACCAGGCAGGACUGGCCUCAGAUGUGCCUUUUUCUAUGCUUUUUGUAUCUCAGCCAAGAGAAUACGAUCCAGGUUGGGUCAGGAUCCAUAGCCAGUGUUUGGAAGUUUGGGAUUUAGUGCUUGGAAGUUUCCUUUUCUUUGGAGUCAGGCAAAUAGGUGUUCCUCGAGAGCAGCCCUCAGGAGCUCAUUGGAGCAUUUGGUGGAAAGACCUCCAAGGGGAUUUUGCCUUCUGGAGCUACAUCUGAUGUCCCUCCAGCCAGGUGUGUGUGGAGGCCAGUAUGAAGCUGAAAAAGCAGGUGACAGUGUGUGGGGCUGCUAUCUUCUGCGUGGCUGUCUUCUCACUCUACCUCAUGCUGGACCGAGUGCAGCAUGAUCCCACCCGCCACCAGAAUGGUGGGAACUUCCCCCGGAGUCAAAUUUCUGUGCUGCAGAACCGCAUUGAACAGCUAGAGCAGCUGUUGGAGGAGAACCAUGAAAUCAUCAGCCACAUCAAGGACUCCGUGCUGGAGCUGACAGCCAACGUGGAGGGCCCACCUGCCCUGCUGCCCUAUUAUACGGCCAACAGCUCCUGGGUGGUGCCACCAGAGCCCCGGCCUAGCUUCUUCUCCAUCUCUCCUCAAGACUGCCAGUUUGCUUUGGGGGGCCGGGGCCAGAAGCCAGAGCUGCAGAUGCUGACUGUAUCAGAGGAGUUACCUUUUGACAAUUUGGAUGGCGGUGUGUGGAAGCAAGGGUUUGACAUCUCCUACAGCCCUCAUGACUGGGACACUGAAGACCUGCAGGUGUUUGUGGUCCCACACUCUCACAAUGACCCAGGCUGGAUUAAGACCUUUGACAAGUAUUACACCGAGCAGACCCAGCACAUCCUUAACAGCAUGGUGUCCAAGCUGCAGGAGGACCCCCGGCGGCGCUUCCUCUGGGCAGAAGUCUCCUUCUUCGCCAAGUGGUGGGACAACAUCAAUGCCCAAAAGAAAGCAGCAGUCCGAAGGCUGGUGGGAAACGGGCAGCUAGAGAUUGCGACAGGAGGCUGGGUAAUGCCGGAUGAGGCCAACUCCCACUACUUUGCGCUGAUUGACCAGCUCAUUGAGGGACACCAGUGGCUGGAGAAAAACCUCGGUGCAACCCCACGCUCCGGCUGGGCAGUGGACCCUUUUGGAUACAGCCCCACCAUGCCUUAUCUGCUGCGCCGCGCCAACCUGACCAGCAUGCUGAUUCAGAGGGUGCAUUAUGCCAUCAAGAAGCACUUUGCUGCUACCCACAGCCUGGAGUUCAUGUGGAGGCAGACCUGGGACUCGGACUCCAGCACAGACAUCUUUUGCCACAUGAUGCCCUUCUACAGCUAUGAUGUCCCCCACACAUGUGGCCCAGAUCCCAAAAUCUGCUGCCAGUUUGAUUUCAAGCGCUUGCCCGGUGGGCGCAUCAACUGCCCUUGGAAGGUGCCACCCCGGGCUAUCACAGAGGAGAACGUGGCUGAGAGGGCAGGCCUGCUCCUGGACCAGUACAGGAAGAAGUCCCGGCUGUUCCGAAGCAACGUCCUCCUGGUGCCACUGGGCGAUGACUUCCGAUACGACAAGCCCCACGAGUGGGAUGCCCAGUUCUUCAACUACCAGCGGCUCUUUGACUUCCUCAACAGCAAGACUGACCUCCAUGUGCAGGCCCAGUUUGGCACCCUCUCUGACUAUUUUGACGCUCUAUACAAGAGGACAGGGGUGGAGCCAGGGGCCCGGCCUCCAGGUUUUCCUGUGCUGAGCGGGGAUUUCUUCUCCUACGCGGACCGGGAGGACCAUUACUGGACAGGCUAUUACACUUCCCGGCCUUUCUACAAGAGCCUGGACCGCGUCCUGGAAGCCCACCUGCGGGGGGCAGAGAUUCUGUACAGCCUGGCUGUAGCUCACGCUCGCCGCUCCGGACUGGCAAGCCAGUACCCGCUCUCGAACUUCGCUCUUCUGACAGAAGCUCGGCGCACACUGGGGCUGUUCCAGCACCACGACGCCAUCACUGGCACUGCCAAGGAGGCAGUAGUGGUGGACUAUGGGGUCAGGCUUCUGCGCUCCCUUGUCAACCUGAAGCAGGUCAUCAUUAAUGCAGCUCACUAUCUGGUGCUGGGGGACAAGGAAACCUACCACUUUGACCCUGAAGCGCCCUUCCUCCAAAUGGAUGACACUCGCUUAAAUCAUGAUGCACUACCAGAGCGUACAGUGAUCCAGCUGGACUCCUCACCCAGGUAUGUGGUGCUAUUCAACCCACUGGAACAGGAGCGGCUCAGCGUGGUGUCCCUGCUGGUCAGCUCACCCCGGGUGCGGGUCCUUUCAGAGGAGGGUCAGCCCUUGGCUGUGCAGAUCAGCGCACACUGGAACUCUGCCACUGACAUGGCCCCUGAUGUCUACCAGGUGUCUUUGCCCGUCCGCCUGCCGGCCCUGGGCCUCGGUGUGCUGCAGCUGCAGCUGGGCCUGGACGGGCCCCGCACCAUGCCCUCCUCUGUGCGCAUCUACCUGCACGGGCGGCAGCUGUCCGUCAGCAGGCACGAGGCCUUCCCGCUGCGCGUCAUUGACUCCGGCACCAGCGACUUUGCCCUUAGCAACCGCUACAUGCAGGUCUGGUUCUCAGGCCUUACUGGGCUCCUCAAGAGCAUCCGAAGGGUGGACGAGGAGCAGGAGCAGCGGGUAGACAUGGAAUUCCUCAUCUAUGGCACCCGCACAUCCAAAGACAAGAGUGGAGCCUACCUCUUCCUGCCUGAUGGCGAGGCUAAGCCCUACGUCCCCAAGGACCCACCUGUGCUGCGCGUCACAGAGGGCCCUUUCUUCUCAGAGGUGGUUGCCUACUACGAGCACGUUCACCAAGUGGUCCGGCUUUAUAACCUGCCAGGGGUAGAGGGGCUGUCUCUGGACGUGUCAUUACUGGUGGAUAUCCGGGACUACGUCAACAAGGAGCUGGCCCUGCGCAUCCGGACGUACAUCCACAGCCAGGGCACCUUCUUCACGGACCUCAACGGCUUCCAGGUGCAGCCCCGGCGGUAUCUGAAGAAGCUGCCCCUGCAGGCCAACUUCUACCCCAUGCCAGUCAUGGCCUACCUCCAGGAUGCACAGAACCGCCUAACGCUGCACACUGCCCAGGCCCUGGGCGUCUCCAGCCUCCGUGAUGGCCAGCUGGAGGUGAUCUUGGACCGGCGACUAAUGCAGGACGACAACCGGGGCCUGGGCCAGGGGCUCAAGGACAACAAGAGAACUUGCAACCACUUCCGUCUCCUGUUGGAACGGCGAACCACGGGCAGGGAGGUCCAAGAUGGCCUGUCUACCAGCUACCCGUCCCUCCUCAGCCACCUGACCUCCAUGUACCUGAACACCCCUGUGCUUGCCCUGCCCGUGGCCAAGAGGCAGCUCCCAGGCCCUGCUCUGCGCUCAUUUCAUCCUCUGGCCUCCUCAGUGCCCUGUGACUUUCACCUGCUCAACCUGCGUACACUGCAGGCUGAGGACGACAGCCUGCCCUCGGCAGAAACUGCACUCAUCUUACACCGCAAGGGUUUUGACUGUGGCCUUGAGGCCAAGAACUUGGGCUUCAACUGCACCACAAGCCAAGGCAAGGUGGCCCUGGGGAGCCUUUUCCAUGGCCUGGAUGUGGUUUUCCUGCAGCCAACCUCCCUGACGUUGCUGUACCCCCUGGCCUCACCCUCCAACGGCACUGACAUCUAUUUGGAGCCCAUGGAGAUAGCCACCUUUCGCCUCCGCUUGGGCUAGGGCUUCUUGUGGCCUGAAGAGAACGUUCAUCCACAGAGACUGCCUCCUCACAUGAGGUCGGGGUGGACGAGCCACACUGGGUAUCCUGUCCCGAUCUACCUCUCAGAACUGUGACAGACUGGGCUCUGCCCUCAUUUUCUGUUUAUUGUGGCUUCUGUGUUUGGGAGCAACCCAUAAGCCCACUGUUGGGUGGGUGGGGCAGACGCCAGCGAGAUGCAGGAGGGAAGGCCCUUGGUCAGAGCGAGCGGUGCCGGCCUUGCUUUGGGUUAUGAGUAUAUCCACCUAGUUGUGCACAGGCUCAAACACCUGUCCUUUCCCCCAAAUGGGAUGGAGGAGAAGCAGGGGAGGUCAAGUGGGUAACAGCCCAGCAUCAGGGUCCCCGUAGGCGAGAGCUGGCUCUAGGGGAGUCCUGUGGUUAUAUAAAGACCACAGGUCCUGGUGUGAUGAGCAGGAGCAGAGUGAUGCCAGGAGGCGGGGAAGGGGACCGAGAGUUAGCAGUGGGGUGGAGGAGUAGAAGGAAUCGCUGCUUUCUGUGACUGCUCCCCUCUAAGUUCUCCCUGACCCGCACACCCUGGCCAGGGCUACAGAGUGGCAGGAAGGAUUCAUGAAGACCGUCAUGGCCAGAGGUCAUAGGACACUUCAGGUACCAAAACCCCAUCACAAACUGGCAUCUCGGUCUCUGUUGAUUUGUGGGAUGGUGGCAGGGGCACAGAGGUUCUUCAUCCUACUUGACUUCUCUUUGGUUCCUGCACUCUGUGCACCUCUGUCCCCAGGAGCUCCUCCCUGUCAUGGGGAUGUUUGAUUGGGCAUAUUUCCUUUCCCUGGGAAGAAAGUGAAGCCUCUAGGACCCCGUGUGGUGGGCAACUUGAGAAGGCUUUCAGCACCGUCCCUAUGGUCAGUCAUGAAGCUUCACCCACGUACAUCCUUCUACUGGAGUAUUCGAUUCCUAGCGCAGGAACGAGGAAUAUGUAGAUGAAAUUAGGAGGCGCUGUGGCUACUUAUCAGCCUUCAUCAAAGCUUCGGUUAAUAGAGCAAAAUUUAUGAUAGUCUGUAUAGAUGCUGAAAUGAUACUGGGUAAAAUUUAAAAUCUAUCCCUUAUUAAACUCUUAGUAAGUUAAGGUUAGAAAGAAACAUCCUAAUCGAGAUAAAGGUGUCUCUGUCUGAAACCAGCAGUCACUGGCAUUCUAAAGAGUCAAACAACACUGGCAUUCCCCGUCAAGUCAGAAGCCGGCCAAGGACAUACUGUUAUUUAGCCAUGUUCUGGCACUGCUAACCCCUGCAGUGGCGCAGAUGAAAGAGGGGAGGAAGAGUUACAGCUGUCAUUAUUUGCAGACGACAGAAUGGCCAACCUAUACAGCCUAAAAGAAUCAGCUGAAUUAAGAGCAUCCCUUGAGUCUACCCAAACGAUGCACAUCACAUUCCUGUACGAGUUCUGUUCUUUCCAAAUAAAGUCCAUGUACUCCAGUGAGACUGGAUACUUUUUGGAAUUUGAUAGGUUCUAAAGUUCAUUUAGAAGAGGAAAUGUGUGAGAAUACUAAGAAAAUUCUGAAUGACUGUGUCAGAGCGGUGGUGCUGCGGUGGGUAAGAGGCACUUGUCCCAUGGGACUUCUCAAAGGACUCUCGAUCAACCAUGAGUUCAGUCAUUGUGGCCUGGAAGUGGGAUCAGGCUGCUGGAACCAAAGGGACAGCCCAGCAACAGACCCAGGUGGAAGGGGAUUUGGUAUAGAACACAAGGAGUAUUUUAAGUGGGAAAAAGAUGGAUUAUGUAAUAAAUACUACUUUAAGACAA